AUGAUGGCAUCAUCCGGGAUGUCAACCCGCGCGAGUGCGAGGUCGGCCUCUGUGGAUUGCCGUAGCAGCUUGGCAUCCGGUUCGAAGCUGUUUGCGGCCGAGCCUCGAGUGGCACUGCCAAGGGUUAGCGUCACAGGCAUCAACAAGCCCACCGUAGCAACCAAGGCCGCCUCGACCACACCGGAGCUCGAGUUGCUUAAGGCAACAAUUCAGCAACUGGAGGAGCAGAACUUGGAAAUGAAGGAGCAAAAUUUUCGCCUCGCGGAGCAGAUAACUGGCAUGUGCCAACUGCUGCAAGAGGAGAAGGAGGAGGCAAAACAUCGAGAGGAGAAGUUGGAGGCACAGAUGGAGAAGCUCGCUGCCGCACAUCAGCGCGACCGAGACUUGCUCAACUCGCUACUGGCAGCAAAGGUUGCCGGCGGACAACCGUCAGCUAGUUCGCGUCAACCUCCAACUCCGUUGCCACGCCGAUCCUCUGCGCAGCCGCAGCAGCAACAACAACAGCAGCAGCGGAACCAGCAAGAGCAGGAGCAGCCCCGCGCGUCGACGUCGCAUGCAGUCAUGCUGCCGCGUAGCGAGGCAUCGACAGCCGUCCGCGGAGACGUCGUGCCGGAGCUCACAUUCAGUGAGGUGGUGCGUCGCAGGUACCGUGGCAAGGCCACUGGCAAGCCACGCUCCCAGCAGCAGCCACAAUAG